AUGGCAUCUAAAGACGCUGGCGCUGAGGCCCAGGAUAAGGGCAAAAAGGUCGACAAACCUGAGGAGGAGCAGGAGCAGGUAGAGAAGUUCUCACCAGAGGAAGAGGCGUCCCUCCUCGCCGAGUCCAACGCGAACAAGACUGAAGCAAACGCCCUCUUCGCCUCGUCAAAAUACGAAGCCGCCAUCACAAAAUAUGACGAGGCAGUCGCCGUCUGCCCCAACUACCUCGACUACGAACUCGCCGUCCUCCGCUCAAACAUCUCCGCCUGCCACCUUAAGCUCUCCCAGUGGAAAGACGCAAUCUCCAGCGCCACCGCCGCCCUCGACGGCCUCGACAGGAUCGAGAAGGAGGCCGCACUGGAGCAGCAGCGCCGUGAGGAGGAGAAAAAGGCCGAAGAAGAGGACGUCGAGGAGGAGAUCGUCAGCUCCGGCGCCAGCAAAGCCGCGCCCGCACCGGUUGGUAGCGAUGACGACCCGGAGGAGGCGGCGCGGCAGAAGCGCCGCGAGGACGUGCUGAGGAUCCGCGCCAAGGCCUUGAUGAGACGGGCGAGGGCGCGGAGCGAGGAGGGUGGGUGGCAGAAUCUCGCGGGCGCCGAGGAGGAUUACAAGGCGCUCUCGAAGAUGGCCAACCUGACGCCCGCGGACCGGAAGAUCGUGCAGACCCAGUUGCGAGUGCUGCCGCCGAGGACCAAGGCCGCGCAGGAGAAGGAGACGGCCGAGAUGUGGGGGAAGCUCAAGGAUCUGGGCAACGGCAUUCUGAAGCCGUUUGGUCUUAGUACCGACAACUUCCAGAUGGUCAAGGACGAGGCUUCUGGAGGCUACAGCAUGAAUUUCACUCAGGGACAGGGUAAAUGA